GGUGGAGAGGGGGGAGGAUUAACCGGCUGAUCUGCAACACGCGCUCAUGCACACACAUUGGAUAGACACACCAAACACUGCUCAGCAUCAUCACCGGGUUCAACAUCAUCACCAUCGGUGGCAAGCGAGAGACAAAGAGUGAGACAAGUGGGGGGGGGGGAGUAAACUGGGUCCGUAUCAGCAUCUGAAGACAGACGGACAGACAGACGAGCAGAGAGACAGGUAUACUGGCUCAGACUGACGGGCAGGAAGAGAGACAGAAGGACGGGAGGAGGAACAGACACACGGCCUUCAUCACUUCCAGUCGUGUUCGUGUGCUAUGGCUGACCACAUGUUCCUGAUGCUGCCUGUGUGCUGAGCGCUCUGUCUGUUGUGGGUGUGUUUGGGUAGAAGCGUGUGUGAAGUGUGUCUGUGAUGGGGAACGCGGAGAGUAUGGAGAGCCAACUGGCCGUGAUCCGGUCCAGAGCCGCACCGGUCCGACUCCCGAUGCCUGACGCCGCCGAGCUAGAAGAGAGGUUCUCCAUUGCGCUGAAUUCAAUGAACCUUCCUCCAGACAAGGUGCGUUUGCUGCGUUCCUAUGACAAUGAGAAGAAGUGGGAACUCAUCUGUGAUCAGGAGAGAUUCCAGGUGAAAAACCCUCCGCACACAUACAUCCAGAAGCUACGGGGAUUCCUUGACCCAGCAGUCACACGCAAGAAGUUUAGGAGAAGGGUCCAGGAGUCGACUCAGACACUUCGAGAACUGGAGAUUUCUCUUCGCACAAAUCACAUUGGGUGGGUUCGAGAGUUCCUGAACGAGGAGAAUCGAGGGCUAGAUGUCCUGGUUGAAUACUUGUCCUUCGCUCAAUACGCUGUCACGUUUGAUGGUGAGCAGUCAGAGUCUGGAGGAGACGGAGCUUCUAUUGACUCUCCGUGGAGUCGCUCAAUAGAGGAUCUCCAUGGCGACUGUAGUCUCCCAUCCCCUUCUUCUUCUGUACCUAGAGCAGCUCGACACUCAAUCAGUAGUUCUACUUUGGUGACUCGGUCCAAUACGCUGCCCAGUAGUCGCACUCUAAAAAAUUCCCGACUUGUCUGCAAGAAAGAUGAUGUCCACGUGUGCAUCAUGUGUCUACGAGCCAUCAUGAACUACCAGUAUGGUUUCAACAUGGUCAUGUCCCAUCCGCAUGGCGUCAAUGAAAUUGCUCUGAGUCUCAACAACAGGAAUGCAAGGACCAAGGCUCUGGUAUUAGAGUUGUUGGCGGCUGUGUGUUUGGUCAGAGGAGGUCAUGAGAUCAUCUUGUCAGCCUUUGACAACUUUAAAACUGUUUGCUCAGAGUCCAUGCGUUUCGAAAAACUGAUGGAACAUUUCAAGAAUGAAGAUGACAAUAUCGACUUCUUGGUGGCAUGCAUGCAGUUCAUAAAUAUUGUGGUCCACUCAGUGGAAGAUAUGAACUUCCGAGUCCAUCUACAGUAUGACUUCACUAAACUCAAUCUGGAUGACCACCUGGAGAGGCUGAAGCACACUGAAAGUGACAGACUACAGGUGCAGAUCCAGGCCUACCUGGACAACGUGUUUGAUGUCGGGACACUGCUGGAAGAUGCAGAGACCAAAACUGCAGCUCUAGAAAGAGUGGAAGAGCUGGAGGAGAAUUUGGGCACUAUGUCGGAGCGCCUGCUUGACGUGGAAAAUGAAGCAAUGCUGAAGAUCGUGGAACUGGAAAAACAGCUGAUGCAAACAAACAAAGAGUUGGACCAACUUCGGGACGUGUAUGCCAGUGCCAACACACAGGUGCAUACAUUGAGGCGGAUUGUUCGGGAGAAGGACCAGACCAUUCGCCGUCAAAGCCGUCUAGAGCGACAGGCCCAUGAGGCCCAACAGGCUGGUGGUCCUGGAGCUCCUCAACCCCAAAGAGGAGAAGGUGAUGGUGGGGUGACCAAUUCUGCCUCACCCUCGCCUCCUCCCUGCCCUACUCUCUCUCCUAGCCCAGAGACAGUAGCCUAUCAUAACAUGGGACCAGGAAUGGGGGGUGCUCCAGAUAUGCCAGCCCCACCCCCUCCACCUCCGCCACCACCAAUGCCAGGCACAGUUUCCAAUGGGUUGUUCCCUGCUCCUCCGCCACCUACUCCACCUCCUCCUCCACCGCCUCCUCCUCCUCCGUGCCGAACCAGCGAGCUCUCCUCUACCCUUCCGAUGCCACCUCCUCCUCCACCUGUGGCCCCUCCACUUCCGGGUUGCGGGGGGUCGCCCACUGUCAUCUUUAACUCUGGACUAGCAGAGGGACCACUCAAGUUAUUCUCGGUGAAGAUAAAGAAGCCGAUCCAGACCAAGUUUCGGAUGCCAGUUUUGAAUUGGGUCGCUCUGAAGCCAAGUCAAAUCAACGGCACAGUUUUUAAUGACAUUGAUGACGAAGCCAUCUUGCGGGAUCUUGAUGUGGAGGGCUUUGAGGAACUUUUCAAAACAAAGGCUCAGGGUCCAGCAAUGGACUUAACACUGUCGCGACAGAAACUUCCCCAAAAAGCGCCAUCUCGAGUCUCUUUGCUGGAUGCCAACCGUGCCAAGAAUUUGGCGAUCACCCUGAGAAAAGCCGGCCAGGGUCCGGAGGUCAUCUGCCGUGCCAUUCACACGUUUGACCUGCGGACAAUUCGAGUGGAUUUUGUGGAGUGUCUGAUGCGCUUCCUGCCAACUGAAGCUGAGAUGAAGCUUCUCCGGCAGUACGAGAGGGACCGAAAACCUUUGGAGGCGCUGAGUGACGAAGACAGCUUCAUGAUCCAGUUCAGUCGCAUUGAAAGACUCAACCAGCGCAUGUCCAUCAUGACCUUCAUGGGAAACUUCACUGACAAUGUGCAACUGUUAACGCCGCAACUACAUGCCAUGAUUGCAGCAUCUGUAUCGAUAAAAUCAUCUCAAAAACUGAAGAAGAUACUCGAAAUCAUCUUAGCCCUUGGAAACUACAUGAACAGUAGUAAAAGAGGGGCUGUGUAUGGCUUCAAACUACAGAGCUUGGACCUGCUCCUGGAGACCAAAUCAACAGACAGAACACAGACGUUGCUUCACUACAUUAGCAAUGUGGUCCGAGAGAAAUACCCCACAGCGGCACUUUUCUACAAUGAACUUCACUAUGUGGACAAGGCAGCUGCUGUGAGUCUGGAAAAUGUCUUGUGUGACGUAAAGGAGCUGCAGCGAGGGAUGGAACUCACCUGGCGAGAGUUCAGCGUCCAGCACAACGCUACACUCAAGGAUUUCAUCAGCAGGCACGAAUCGCGACUCAACAAACUUCAGGAGGAUGCACGUAUAGCCCAAGACGCCUUUGAAGAUGUAGUGAAGUUUUUCGGGGAGAGCUCAAAGACGAUGCCGCCAUCCGUCUUCUUCCCCAUCUUUGUUCGUUUCAUCAAAGCUUACAGGUUGGCUGAAGAGGAGAACGAACAGCGAAGGCGUCAGGAGCAGAUGAUGUUGGAGAAGCUGGAACAGGAGGAACAGCAGGAGGAAGAGACCAAGUCUCCGUCUCACAAAGGCAAACGCCAGCAGCAGGAGCUUCUGACAGAGCUGAGACGACGACAAGGAAAGGACAGCCGACAUGUUUACGAAGGAAAGGAUGGUGCGAUCGAAGACAUUAUCACAGCUCUGAAAACUGGCCCCUUCACAGCUCGGUCGGCUAAACGUAGCUCUCGAUUCUUCUGUGACCCCGCCCACCCCGAAGAACAUUACUGAAGCGGCACAGAUGAUCGUCCACAUUGCCUCACCCACAUUAAAUUAAUGGCAACCAUAAGCACUUUGAAAAGUUCCAAUUGAGGAACACAAUGACAUCAUGCUUUCUAAUUGGUCAGUCAGCGAGAUGUUGCACCCUGGUCUUGAAAGGGUUUUUGAGCACUGGACUCUGACCCCAAAGCCUUGUACAAAUUGCAUUGUGGAAAAUUCAUCCACUCAUUGGUUACGCUGCUCAAUCAACAAAGCACCUGAUUAUAUUGUCUAAGACAGUUCUGUCCAGAUGUUCAGCAAUCGAACAUGAACUGUUCCACAAUUAGAUGACUUUUGCAGCAGACCUUUUAAAAAGCACAUGUUCAUUUCUUUCAAUCCUCAACUGCAUCCAUGUGUAUGUUGUAGUAAAAGCUUUCCUCAGUCUCGCGAAUGCAAGUGUGUCUGAGUUUUGGUCAGAUUCGGGAGGUUUGUUUGGUGAAACAUGUACAGGGUUCUACUACUGGUUUGUACUGUAUUUAAACUAUUACCAACCAAAUGUAAAUUCCAAGUUUCAAUAAAUGAAACUUUGUAUAAUCUGGCUAAAAAAGCCCGUUAAAAGAACCAACAAAUACAUAAUCGUUACGACUCAUAGACCACCCUCCUUAGAUUCACCUGAAGUCUUACUAGCUGGCUACCUUGCUAGUUAGCACAUGCAAGGUGCAUCAGAAAAGUUCCAGAGCUAAAUGUCACAUAAGAUAUGAGUUUUCACUUUCAAAUUAGGCUGGAUGAUCAACCAGCCGAGAAAUCUUGCAAUGUUUGAGUCGUUCUUUGGUGCUAAAGUUCUGGCAGGAACUUAUCUGAAUCACCUCGUGCGAAACAUCUGACAGGUUUUCAUUUCUGUCUCUAAUGUUACGUUCUCACCAUAGAGGCCACCCAGCAACCUCAGAAAAUAUCCACUCAGACCAACCUGUAUCCCACCUGCUUGUUUCUUAACCACCAGAGACCCCAAUGUUGCCCUUUAUCCCUCUUUUCAUUCAAAGUGUAAACAUGAACACAAAAGAGCACAAAGUUUUCUACAUUUUGUAGCUUCUCCAGUUUUUGUUGUUGUUAUUGUUGUUGAGUCUAUAUUUGGUGUAAAUAAAUACAAAACGUUGA